CAGUCUCUCCUCUCCAUCUUUUUUGCGCGUGCCAUACAUAUGCGAGGCUUGUUGAUCAUAUGACAACUGGGCCGUCCAACUUCACGGCCAGUCCAUAUUUCCCUAACGCGGUGAUUCUUUACCUGCUGUUUUGCCGCAUGGUGGGUGAGCACAGCGCUCCCCGCCAAUCAGUAUGGCCAGUCAUAGGAAUGACUCCUACCUGAAGAGAAAGAUGUCCACCACAUUUUCACACGGAGGUAUCGACAUGAAGCUGAAGCUAGGAACACCGAAUCAAUAUUUAGUGUUAUCCCGUUGUACGGCGACGAGACCACAAGUUCCUGACAUGCCAGAAGCUAUUCAAUAUUGCAGUGCCACAACAGAGGGGACUACACCCCUGCUAACUGUUCGAGUUGCGUCAACCAGCAUUGCAGAUGGUCUACCAAUUGUGGGCCUGGGGGCUCUAAUCUCGGGUGACGUGACUGUCAUGAUCCAGAAGGAUCACAAGUUCAAGGAUAUCACAGUCCGCUUGCGUGGGGCUCUCGUUAACCCCCAAACCAACAAAUCCUACUUUCUUGAUCUGGGGCAUUCUCUGGUUCCUCAAUGGUCGGGUCUUGUGUCGAUGUACAAAGCGGGACGACAUAUACUGCCAUUUCGAAUUCCUAUUCCCCAAACCUGCAACAUGCUAUACCCAGAGUCGGCUUUGCCGCCAACAUUCUACUCCAGAGGACAGCCUGUGACCAUCCGAUAUGACGUCACAGCACGAAUAAAGAAGCCGGGUCUCUGGGCCGACGAGCAAGCGACUCUGCAGAUACUAUAUCUUCCUCGGACCAGACCAGUGGACACUGUCCCUCUUGAUAGCCUUGACUUUGGCUUUUGUCGCUAUCAACUCCAGCAAGCAUCUGAGAUGUUAACAUGGGCUCAAUGCAGUAAGCAAUUUAGCGCGGCUAUCGAUGGUCAGAAGACCGUGAUAUUCGACUCUUCCUUUUGUCUCGCCAAUGCCCCUGUCUAUGCUAGAGGCAUUUUCGUAUCCUACACGCUCUCUUUGGAGUGCUGGGAUGCACCAGCACUAGACCGGAUCGGCACACCUCAAGCCGUUUCUGUGUCAAUUGUGCGACAAAUAACUGUUGAUACUCCAGGAGGUUUCUCAGGAAUUGGGACCUCAACUGGAAAGCCAGAAAAGGUGACGAACAUGGUAGGCGUGGGACGACAUUGGAUCGAGCCUGUCGGAGACCAAUUUCCGAAGCGCGUCUUACGAGGAGAGGUCUCUCUCGGGAAAGACCUGCAACCUCAUUUCCACUUCCCACCACUCUCAGUGAUUUAUGGUGUUGUUGUGCAGCUUCGUGCCGAGGGAUUCGCCAUAACCAACAAAGCUGAUGAUUAUCUUUUCGCAAUGCCUAUUGGGAUUACCACCGACCUCCCCAGGAAAGUCACACGAGCAGCAUGA